CGAUUCAAUUGGGGACUCCGAUUGCGACAUCCACUUUCGGAGGCAUCAUAUGCACACGUCUCACAGUUGAAUACACUGACGGUUUCAGUUACUGGUGGCUGCGAUGAGCGCAUGCGGGCCGCAGUGCCAACUGAAUCUAUGAAAGAAGAAUACACGUUGGAAAUUGCAAAUGGCCAUAUCCAUAUCGCUGCACCGGAAGUGUGGGGUGCGAUGCACGCAUUGAACACAGUUGUGCAGCUCGCUUACUUCUCUAGGACUCAUCAGGUCUUUUUGAAAGGCGUGAAAAUUGAGGACUCGCCCAGAUUUCCGUUUCGUAGUUUUCUGAUUGACACAUCUCGACAUUAUAUUUCUACUCAAAAAAUGAAAGAUUUCCUCGAAGCCAUGGCGUUUGUGAAAAUGAACAUAUUUCACUGGCACAUUGUUGACGACCCUUCAUUUCCUUUUGAAUCUUCGACAUAUCCGGGUCUUUCGGGAAAGGGGGCUUAUGAUCCAUCGGCUGCUGUUUAUACAAUUGACGAUGUGAAGGACAUUAUCGAAUUCGGCAGACUACGUGGAAUACGUGUGAUGUCCGAGUUCGAUACACCAGGCCACACACAGUCCUGGGGCAAAGGAUAUCCCCAUAUCCUCGCGCAGUGUUUCAAGGGCGGAAUGCCCAACGGUGAAUUUGGACCAGUUGAUCCAUCAAGGAAUUCCACCUACGAAUUCAUGAGGGCUCUAUUUAACGAGGUUACGAGUAUGUUCCCAAAGAACUACCUCCAUCUCGGUGGAGAUGAGGUUGACUUCGCCUGCUGGCAGUCAAAUCCAAACAUCACAACUUUUGUGGAGCAAAUGCAAUUUGGUAAGGACUAUAAGAAGCUGGAAAGCUACUAUAUUGCUCGACUACUGUCAAUUUUGCAAAGUCUACCGAGUUCGGAACGGAAAUUGAGAUCGGUAGUUUGGCAGGAGGUGUUUAACAACGCACCGGAAGUUUCCAAGGAUGUGACGGUUCAUGUUUGGAUCGAUUCGCACUGGGAUACGGAACUCAGAAAGAUCACUGCGGCCGGUCAUGAGGCUGUUUUCUCCGCCUGCUGGUACCUCAACGUAAUAGGCUAUGGUGAAGACUGGCCAAAGUACUAUACCUGCGACCCCGGGACUUUCACAGCAGACGAAAAGCAAAGAGCUCUUCUGAAGGGUGGUGGCGCAACAAUGUGGUCCGAAUACGUUGACGAAACCAAUUUACUUUCACGCUCAUGGCCUAGAGGAGCGCCAGUUGCGGAACGGCUCUGGAGUCCUGCAUCGGCCGCCGAUGUGAGGGAAUUCCGUCCCCGAAUGGAGGAAAUACGCUGCAGAUUUCGAGACUUGGUGAUUUUCGUGACCACACCUUCUGUUGACCGUAAACAAUCGGCUGCAGAAACGGUCUCCUGCAUCUGUCCAAUCUGGUGCAAGCUAAACACCCAGCGACAGAGCGACGUAGACGAUUAUACACAUAACGAGAUGCAUUUGCAUUCUCACUGCCGAGCUGUCGCUCACUGGGUCUGUCUGAUGAAAAUGCAGUUGCCAUUUUUCGUGCUCCUCCUUCUGUCUAGCGCAAAGAGCCUCAUUCCGAAGCCGUUGAAGAUCGAAUUUACUGAUGAAGCCGUGGCCAUUCCUAUCACGUUUAACUGGACAACCAAUGUCCGCGACUGCUUUAUAUUAAACGACGCAAUCAAGCGAUUCAAUUGGGGACUCCGACUGCGACAUCCACUUUCGGAGGCAUCAUAUGCACACGUCUCACAGUUGAAUACACUGACGAUAUCAAUAACUGAUGGCUGUGAUGAACGCAUGCGGGCCGCAGUGCCGACUGACUCUAUGAAAGAAGAAUACACGUUGGAAAUUGCAAAUGGCCAUAUCCAUAUCGCUGCACCGGAAGUGUGGGGUGCGAUGCACGCAUUGAACACAGUUGUGCAGCUCGCUUACUUCUCUAGGACUCAUCAGGUCUUUUUGAAAGGCGUGAAAAUUGAGGACUCGCCCAGAUUUCCGUUUCGUAGUUUUCUGAUUGAUACAUCUCGACAUUAUAUUUCUACUCAAAAAAUGAAGGAUUUCCUCGUAACUUCCAGCCCUUUUUACUUCUAUAACCAAUUCGACCUAAGGAAGCCAUGGCGUAUGUGA